UGAGCGCGUCCGACCGAGAACAUCGAGCUUGACCCCACGCCGCCUGGGCGUGUGCGACACACUCCUGGACGACAGUGUGUGCGACAUACGGUAUCAUCAUGUCAUACGCGUGGGCGGGCGAAGUUUUCCGCCUGCGACCCCGUCGACACUCCGCAGUCCGACGCGAGUCGCCCGUCUCUCUUCGCCCUCAACACCUUGCCAAACCCGACACCCUGCCAGACCGGACGGCCGGGGAAUCGGAGUCCACCGUGCCCUUCCCUUCGUGGUCCAUCUAGCUUUCCCCUCCGACGUCCAUUGGGUCCUCCCCUCGAUCACCAUCGAGCGCCCCCUCGACGUCCAUCGUGUCCGCCCCUCCAUGGUCCAUCCUGCCCUUCCCUCCAUGGUCUAUCGCAUGCUCCCCUACGACGUCCAUCGCGUGCUCCCCUUCGACGCCCAUCGCGUGCUCCCCUCGUUGAUCACCACCGAGCACCUCGAGCCCCUGCACAAGCUGCAAGGGUGGGACUUCAUCGACGCGUGGUUCCAGUGCGCGGAAGCCCACUACCUCGCCUGGACGCACGGUAUCCAGCACCGAGAUCCGAGCCUGGACAAUCUCAUGUAUCGACACCGUCGGGAUGGCAAGAUAUGUCCGGUGCUCAACGACUGGGAUAUUACCAACGACUGGGAUCUUGCCAACGACUGGGACCUCGCAAUCGACGCCAGCGUCCCCCAGACGCGCAUGGGCUUAGACACAAAGCACGCGGGCUUGGACACGACGCACGCGGGCUUGGAAACGACGCACACGAACUUGGCGAGGACCGGCACGUUGCCGUUCAUGGCUAUCGCGCGCCUAGAGUCUCAGGCAUGGGACGGCCAUCUCCAGCACAUCUACCGGCACGAUCUCGAGGCGUUCUUCUACAUCCUCGCUUGGGUCCUGUGCUGCUACAAAGACGGCCAGCGCCUCGAUUCCCUGCCCCCCAUGCUCGACAAGUGGACGAAGGGCGAUACGUGGAUAAGUACGAAGUGCGACCCAGAAACGUGCUCAGGCAGCAAGCGCGCUUUCAUCAGCAAUGUGCAAUGGCCCUAUCACAGCUUUCCGACCGACUCGUGGUCGUACGAGAUGAAGGUGCUUGCGAAUAGGAUACGCGCAUUCUUCGCGAACAUGCUCAGGCCGUCUGAACCGUCGGAACAGUCAUAUGACGACACUUUCAAGCUUCAGCUCGAACGUCGGGCAUUUCAGCUCGAACGUCGGAAUCGGGCAUUGCCACCCCCAAAGGAGGACGACAAACCGACGGAGAUCUGGGAGGGCUUCUGCGGUACCGUGAAAAAAGCCUUGUCCGACUCAGACCAGACGCACUUGCAGGACCUUCCGCCUAGGCUUGCGUCGUUCUUACCCGAUACUCAGAUGGACACGCCCGUGUAGUCUUAUACACCUAGUUUUAGUCUUGUACGCCUAGUUUUAGUCUUGUACGUCUAGUUAUCGUCUUGUUCG